UUUCCGCAGUGGCACGAGGGGAAAGGGUAGAAAAGGGGCGCUGAAAAUUUUCUCUGUCUCGUUGGCAAUGUCAGGAAUUUCUCGACGUUGGCGAAAAAUGGAGAGAAAUUUUCACUCUUUCCGCAUUUAAUUAAACUCCCAUCGUGAUUGUCUGACGAAGUUUAUUAUAGUUCACAUCACCACUCUGCUAAGAAUGCCGAUUCAGGCGCCCCAAUGGACAGAAUUUCUGUCCUGUCCAGUAUGCUGCCACGAAUUUGCAGCCCAACUACGUCCUCCAAUAAGCUUAGGCUGUGGCCACACCAUUUGUCGAACGUGUCUUGGUACACUCCACCGGAAACAGUGUCCAUUUGACCAGACAACAAUAACAACCGAUUUAGACAACUUACCAAUAAAUUAUGCUCUUCUGCAACUCGUGAGUAAUGCACCACAGUUGAUAAGUGAGAGUGAUGUGACAUCACCGAGUGUUCAGAGUCUCAAACCAGAUGAUCUGCAAUGCUACAAUGUGGCAAAGAAGGGUAUUGAGGAGUUGGCAUUGUACCUUAAGCCCUUCUCAACUGGUGGGAGUGCCAGUAAUCUCCUAUCGCGUCCAAUGCAGAGGAAACUUGUGACCCUUGUAAAUUGCCAAUUGAUUGAGGAUGAGGGAAGAUCGCGUGCUUUGCGAGCAGCACGAUCACUGGGUGAGCGUACGGUGACGGAGUUGAUAUUGCAACAUCAGAAUCCGCAGCAAUUGAGUGCUAAUCUGUGGGCGGCCGUACGUGCACGUGGAUGUCAAUUUUUGGGACCAGCAAUGCAGGAAGAAGUGCUGAAACUCAUCCUCCUUGCCCUUGAAGAUGGGUCAGCGCUAUCACGCAAAGUGCUCGUGAUGUUUGUGGUGCAGAGACUCGAACCGCAAUUCCCGCAGGCAUCGAAGACGAGUAUUGGGCAUGUGGUGCAACUCCUCUAUCGGGCGAGUUGCUUUAAAGUGUCCAAACGCGAUGGGGAUUCAUCGUUGAUGCAACUAAAGGAGGAAUUUCGGACGUAUGAAGCACUGAGGCGGGAGCAUGAUGCACAAAUUGUGCAAAUUGCCACGGAAGCAGGGCUCCGUAUUGCCCCGGAUCAGUGGUCGGCACUCCUGUAUGGGGAUACAGCUCAUAAAUCCCAUAUGCAGAGUAUAAUUGAUAAACUCCAGACACCGCAGUCAUUUGCACAAUCAGUGCAGGAGCUUGUGCUGGCACUUCAACGUACGGGUGAUCCGGCUAAUUUGUCGGGGCUACGGGCACAUCUCAAGAGUCUGGCGGCUAUUGAUCCCACAGCAGAGGGUACGGUGCCCACGUGGCCCGAAGUUGCCGAAGCACUCGAGGCUGUGCGUCAAGUUGUGGUUGGACUUGUGGAAUUUGUCCAGCACUAUGGGAAUAGGAAACUUCAGGAGACAACACAUUCGAAUCACAAUACCAAAUACAAAAUUAGUAUGUGUCGAGACUUAACGCAGCGUGGUACGUGCCCAAGGGGGACAAAUUGUACCUUUGCCCAUUCAGAGGAGGAGCUUGAAAAGUAUCGUGCCAAGACACGGAAGAUCAACACAAAGACCCCAACGACAUCGAUAAAGGAGCAAAUGGAGUAUAUGGGUGAUGGUAUGGGGCAUGUGGGGCAUCCCUACAUGACGCCCGACGAUGUGUCCCCAAUGCGUUUUGGUGGGACGAAGGCACAGCAGGGGAAUAUGAUUGGGCAGCCGGCGUUUGUGGAUAAAAUGAAUAACAUUAUGCACCAUACGAGUGUUAUACCCAGCCCCAUACCCAAUGCAAUGCCACCAAAUGUGAUUUCAGCCGCCGCCGCCCCCCUGACGAUGCCACGGAUGCCGUAUGAUCAUCAUCAUUUUGGCAAUAUGCCACCCCCGAUGCCGCCACCGCCGCAGCCGCAUCAAGGGGGACCUGGGAUGAAUAGGGGCUUCCUCAAUCGUCCUGUGUCGGCACAGGGGCUCCCACAUGGGUCAUAUUCGCAGAUUUCCCCGUCAGCACCCCCAGCAGCGCCACCAUCGCAGAUUUAUCCCAAUCAACCGCCUCCACCACCACCCCCACAGCCUCCAUAUAGUGGUGCCGAAAUGUAUCCGGGACUACCGCAUGGGGCUCCACCGCCGCAUAGUCCGCAGCAGAUGCAAUUCUCCCCGCAUGAUGCAUACGUGGGGGGACCGAAGCAGGGUGAUCGUCUCGAUGUAAUGCGUUCCGGUGGAAUGUUUUGGGAUCAACAACCACAACCGUAUGGUAGUGCAGGGCCGCAUGGGCAGCCUCCAAUUCCGCCCAAAUCACAACAUCCCCCUACGCCGUCACAUCGUGUCCUUGGGCCACCACCGCCCAAUACAACGGUGCCCCCGAAUGUGAUGAAAAUGUCCCCAAAUUCCAUGUACAUGAGUGGUGGGCAGCAGAAUUAUGUGAACAACAAUUAUCCACCAGUUGCUGCUGCCAUGAUGAAUCGCAACACAAUGGGGCAACAGCAGCAGCAAUCGCUGGAGCAACGUCGGCAGGAGCUUUUGAAGGAUUUCCCAGCACCACCAACACAAACGGGAAAUAGUGUAACAACCAAAUCUCCGCAUCAUCAUCAACAUCAUCCAACUGUGACAACGCACAUGGCACCACCACCACCACCAACAGGUGUCAAUGGGACAAAUCUCUAUGCACCACAUCAUCAUCAUCACAUGAAGGAGGAGAUGUAUUGGAAUUCCACAUCAAAUACAAAUCCACAAUCGUAUCACAUUGAUACAUCGAGGGAUCCCUUUGUGCGUUCGGAUUCACUGCUGGCGGAUGAUGAGUAUGUGCCAUUUGAGGCGCAGCCAUCGAGUAAAUUUGGACCAAUUUCGAGAAUGUCAACAAAAUCCCAUGCGGGUGCCACAUCAUCCCCGAGUAGUCAUCAUUUGUACAGUGAUAUUGGUGGUAUAGCACCACGGGCGACAUUUAGUGGACCCACCGGGACAUCCUUGAGUGGUGCAACAGCUCAGUGGAUUAAUAGUGGUGCAACGAAAGAAUUGGAAUUGACACACAUUGAGAAACAAUUGGCUGAAUGUCGUCUACAGGCGGCCAACAAUGAUCCAAUGGCCCCAUUUGACCUUUCGCUCAGUCUAAAGCCAAAAUCCACAUCAACUACCUCAACGGUUGUACCCCCCGCAACAACAUCCUCCCUUCUGUGGUCCGCAACGAAUAAUGGUGCAGAUAAAAUGCUUUGGGAUUUAACAAAGGAGGGUACACCAACGGAAGAGGAUGAACUUGGUGUGGCAAAUGGGAUUCUUGAAAUGGAGAAACGUCUCAAGUCUGAUCUGGAAGAUGAUGAACUUCUGUGGUCACAUCCUGGUGAAGCAUCAUCCCCACACUGAGAGACCUCCCAGUUCGGACACGCGCAAGUAUAAACCACAAAAAACAAUUCUUGUCUUAAAAAGCUCCUUUUCUUCGUGAAUGAUGACAAAAAAAAACGGGUGUGAUGUGACUAUCGCGUGCUAGGCACGUCUUUUUAUAUAAUUUUUUUAUGUCCACACAUUUCACUUCAACAAUAUUUAAAGAAGAAGAAGAAAUAACCAAAUUUAGUGGCUUUUUUGAGGGGAUGAGGGUACAUAUUGUGUAACCCAAUGCCAGAACUGAUAGAGCAACGAGAAACAAAGUAAAUAAUUAUGAGGAAUUUUCAUUCCUUUCAAAUGAUUUUUUAACUUUAAAAAAAAAAGCAAGAAAAGAAUGUGUUGAAGUUGAAAAAAAAUUAGCAUGUUGUUAGAAUGUUUUUACUUUUUCUUUUAACCCAAAAAUAAAAUUAAAAAAAAACGGUCGGUCCGUUUUUUUUUUAGUAAACUCAAUUGCGUGUAGGAUAAAAAAAAGAAGAAGAAAAAAAUGCCUUCUGUGUAGUAGAACUUUAUUAGAAUUUUUUUUGUUCUUUAUAGGCUUAUUGUGAAGAUUAAUAUUUAAAAAGAAGAAAAAAAAGAUGAGAAACAAUUAAUUUUAUAUUAAAGUUAAUCAAUGAAUGUUUUAAAGGCAAAGAAAUUUUUUUUAAAAAAACUUCUUAAUUGUCUAGAAGAAGGAAGAGAGUGUUUCUCUAAUAUGUAGAUUAGAGAAAAAAAGAAAUAAUCAAAUUUAGAAAGAGAUGGGUAAUUGGGCAGAACGUUAUGUUAGGUAAAGAAAAGAAAAUUAAUGAUACAGUGUAGUAGAGAAAUUAAUACUCAAUAGUGAUUUUUUUUAUUGUUCACUUCGUUAUUUUGUUUCUAUUUUAUAUCAAUAUUAAUAAUGUAAUGAUUUUUAUUUCAUUUAUUAAUUUAUUAAUUUAGUAAUUUGCGUGUGAAGUUGAAUAUUUUUUUCUGAAGUUUUUCUAAACAAUAAAACAAUUUAAUUAAAAAAGAAAAACAUUUCUUCGUGGUAAUUGGAGAAGAAAAUAAUGAUUUAAAGGGAAUUAUUUUCCAUUAUUAUUGCGUUUUUAUUUUUAAAAAAAAUCUUUCUUCUUCUCCACAAUUAUACCAUUAAGAACAAAAAGAGAGAGAAGAAGAAAUGUAGAGAAAUAUUACCUACAACAUAAAACAAGGAAAUGAAUAUGCAAAGAAUGCUAAAGAAUAGAGGAAGUAUAUUAAUGUGAAAAUUUAUGUUAAUUUUAAAAUGCAUUUUUUUUAAUGAAAAUGAUUUUUCUUUUCGUUUAUUACUAGUAAAAAAAAUCACAAAUCGAUUGCAAAGCAAUUUUAUUGAACCAGACAAAUUAAUAAAUUUAACGAUGAUGAUGAGUGUGUGCGUGAGAAGUGUUUAGGAAGAUUUUUUUUGUUCUUAUUAAAGAAUUAAUUCAAUGAUGGUAUUUUUUUUUUGUUUUUUGUUUUAUUAUUUCACCACAAAUUCGCUAAAUACGCUUAGAAGCUGCAUAAUAUUAUUUUCUUUUAUUCUCUCUUGAAGAGAAAUGUGAGAGUUUGAGAUUCUUAUACUUACAAUAAAAAAAAUGAGAAUUCUCUAAAAGGAGUUUAUGCUUCUCGGCAUGAGAAAGCCAUUUGUUCAAGGGAUGCGCGUAAUCUGAUAAAAAGAAAGAAUAAAUCGACAAAGUUCCCGUCUUCAAUUGCGAAAUCAGCUAUGAAAAAAAAGACCACAGAGAUUUGCCAAAAAAUGCAAACAAUGACGUCAGUAUUCUAUUUUGUGUCUCUUUCAUUCCAUAAAGCAUUCCUGCAAAUGCUUCAUCGAAGCUUUUUUGACAAAGUAUUUUUAUGCUUCAUGCAUUGAAAGAGAUAAAAGUGACGUCAUUAUUGAUAUUUUUAUCACUGCAGGACCGAACAUUUUUUACCUACGCGGAGGAUCGAAAUGGUCACCGUAUCCAACAUAAUAAAAAAAAAAGAUUAAAUAUUAAAUGUUUUGUUAAUUGUAGGUCUGCUUAUUGAAUGAAGAUCGAAAGUUUAAUUAAUUCUGAAUCUAUUUCAAAUAUUGGGCCUUAUUCAGCGACCAAGAAACCUUUGAAAUCUUUAAAUUUUGUACUGAAAUUUCAAGAUUUCAAGCGAAUUUCAAGGGUUUCUUGGUCGCUGAAUAAGGCCCAUUAUUGCACUCAAUUUCUCAAUAAUUUAUCAAAAAAAUUAAUAAUGAAAAAAAAUUGAGUAGAAUUAAUACAAAAUUGACAAUUCAAAUCAAUUUUUUUGCUACAAUUUCGCUAAUUUUCUUAAUGCGCCUGAAUAAUCACUUCAUUCUGUUCUCUAAGUAACUAUCUGAUCACUUCCGGCAAUAAAAUGAGUUCACACUAAUGAUUUUCAUCGUGGAAAAGUUAACAAGAGGUCCUGAUUUGAAAAAUAUGGAGAAACAUAACCUCAAAAGGCUGUCAAAAAUGUAUGGGAAUUUGAAUGGCCACGGUGACCAUUUUCAUCCUCCGCGUAUAAUUUCGACUUUGAGCUUAAUUAUCUUUUAAAAGGAAAAACUUUUUCUGAAUUUUCUUUAACCUAACUAAAAGUAAUUGAAAAAUCCCUACACAUAGACGUAAUAUUUAUCACGAUAGGUUCAAUACAUUUUAAUUUAUGACGAUUUAAAAAUUCGAAAUGGCCAUGGUGUCCACAUAAAUCCUCUAAGUGUUAAAUAAAUAUUUGUCGAAUUUUUUUCUAUGUGGUCCUGCAGGGAAAAUAGAAAAAUCUCUCUUGCGGUGAUUUCUGAAUCAUUUUCAUAAGAUUAUGCGAUUCCUGAUAAAUUUCUUCGCAAAAAAAUGGUUUUCUCAUACACAAACGAAUAAACUCCUUUGAAAGUUAUUCUUAUUAAAUCUUCUCUUUUAAAUUGAAUUGAAGAAUAACUCUCACAUUUAUUUUUUGUGCAAAAAAUAACUUUGCAGUGGCUAAAUUAUGAGAUUUUACUUCAAUGUUCAGCAACUUUUACUAAAAAAAAAUAUAUUUGUUUUCAACAAAGAGACGAAUAUUUUCUCUUUGUACUGACGUUCAAUGCAAAUUGAAUGUAAAAAAAAGAAAAAAAAAUGCUGCAGAAGCUGUGAGAAAGGUGAAAAAAAUGCGCAGACAUGGAUGAUGCGGAGAGUAAUGACAAGAAUUUGGGCUGUUUAUAUCACGGUGUGCCCCUCAAAUUUUCACACGCUAUUUUUUUAUUUUAAUUUCUUUGCAUUUCACUCAAAUGGGAAGAAAUAAUGUAAAUUAAUUUAGGUAAAAAGAAAAAAUUAACACGCAAAGAAAAACAGUCUGUUUAGUAAGAAAGAAAACUUCUCUUUUGCCACAAGCAGAGAUUUUUUUUACUCAAGAAUUUCAUUGCUGGGAAUUAAAGGAGAAGAAAUGAAAAAGAUUUUUGUUCUAAAUACUAAAACAGACUGAAAUUUUUCUUUCUUUAAUUUCACACACUGAUAAAGAAGAAAUGAAUUUUAGGAAAAAAAAAGAAAUUUAACACCUGAUUUUCUUCUAUUCUUAACUUGCACUAAAAGACCAACUAAAUACGCUUUAUUUGUAUUGAAAAAAAUGAAUAAAUAAAGAAUUAGAGGCAUUCUUUGUGGGGGGAAAAGUAAAGAAAAUAAAAAUCAAAGAGCCAAAAUUAUCAAGAGAAAAGAAAAGGACGAGAUUGAGGAUUAGAGAAGAAUAUAAUACGAGGACAUUGACAAAACUUUUUAGGCCACAGAGACGUAGAAAAAAAAACAAAUUGAGGAAAGGAGGACCUUGGGACGUAGAUAAAUUCAAUAUAAAAAAAUGAAAUUGACAAGAAAUCCCACAGAAAUGAUUUUGUAGAGAAUAUAUUGGUUUUGAGGAAUAAAAAAAUAAAUAAAAGAUGUGAAGAAAUCACGUUUAAAUGAAAGAAAAAAAGAAGAAAGCAAGUGUUAGAAGAAAAUUGAAUGGCGAGGGGUAUUUAGUGGUGCAGUGUUUAAACCCAAUGGGUUCAUAAUAAAUACUAUUAUUAAAAAAAUAUAUAUUAAUGAAAGAAAAAAAUAUGAAGAUGAAUAAAACAAGUUAACAUUAUAUUAUUAAACUAUUAUAUAUGGUAUAUAUAUUUAUAAAGUCAAACAGAAGAUGGGUGGGAGUGAUGAAGAAUGAUUGGGAAGUGGAACAAGGAGAAAAAAUUCAGAGAGAAAGAAGAAAAGAAAAAAAAUACCAAGUAGAUGAGCUAAAUAGGGGAAAUAGGCAUUAAAUGAAAUUUAAAGAAAAAAAAAGAAAGAGAAUUAACAAACAGAAAUUAUAGAGAAAGAACGUUUUGCGUAGAAUUUUAGAGAUUUACUAAAUAAUGUAGGAUUGCGAAAGAAUGGAAUUUCCAACGGAUCGAAGCACAUUGCGGGUGUAUUUAAAAAAAAUAAAUAUAUAUAUAUAAUAAAUCUAUAUAGAUGAAAAAGAAAGAAACUAUCUUAUAUAAUAUAUAAAUGAUGAAAUGAGAGCUGUUUUCUGGCUUAAAUGUACUGCAAAAAAAAAACAAUGUACUGUGUAACUUUAAGGAUGAAUUAUUAUAUAUAUUACAAUUUUUUGUGUAAGAAUCUUUUCACUUACACAAAAGAAAAAAAAAAACAAACAAAAGAACAUUUUAACCAACUUAGAAAGAGAGAACAAGAAAAUGAAGCGAAUGUAAUGAAGAACAACGUAUUUCAGCAUGAAAUAAAAUAUAAUCUCUAGAAUCUAUUGCUAACAGUAACAAACAAACUACAUAAGACUCUGUGCAGGUGAUAGAAACAAAAUGUUCUAAUAUUCUAGACAAGAAUGAGAAAAGAAGAAGGGAUUUAGAGCAUUUUGUGCCUUUACCACAGCACGAUCAUUUUUUUUAAAUCAUCUACUUACCACAAAAUCCUUUCUUAGUUCUUCACUUUAUGAGUACGAAGGAAGAGAAUAAAAUCUUCAUUCUAAUUAAUGGAUUGGAGAAAAUUAAAUUUCUAUUUAAAAUUCCUUUAAUGAGAGAUUAAAAUUACAAAACUAAUUAAAAAUUAACGUAAAAACAAAUAUUAGAGAUAAAAUUGUAAGAAACUUUUUUAGGCCUGAUGAAGGGGGAAGAAAACGCUCAAAUGUCGUUUUACAGUUAAAAAAACUUUAGUUUCUACCUUUUGUUGAAAUAUUUACGAGAAUUUUUUUUUUCAAUCUUUCACGUUUUUUUAAAUCACAAUAACUUUGGUUCUAUUUGAGCUAUAGCCUAUAAUGACUAUGUUUUGGAAACGUCUGAAUCUAGACAAAAAUUAUACAAAUUUUUGACCCAUAAAUGUUCUUUUAAUCGGUUUGCAAUGUUCUAGAGAGUUGUAGAGUAUUGCGAGACCUUUCCAACGAUAGGUCAACUACCUUUGUAGGUUAUGUAGAACCGGAGAUAUGAGCUUGUAAAGAAAAACUUAAAAAUGACGAUAUCUCAGGUUCUAGGAGACCUAGGAAGUCAAAUGACCUAUCGUUGGAAAGGUCUUGAUGCCAGCUAUAACAUACUAAGAUUACAUUAUAGCUCAAAUAGACGCCAUUUUGCAGUCGAUUUUCAAGUUUCUAGCAUUGCCUUUGCCUCGAAUUUACCCAACUAUAAUUAUUCUGUGAAAUAUUUUCCAUUAAAGUACUUCAGUUAAAUUUUGGUCUUUUCAACCAAUUUAAUUAGUAGAUUAUUUAACAGAAUUAAUCUGUAUUUUAGGAAUUUGACUAAUUAAUUUGGUGGAACAGUUUCAUUCAAUGAGGAUUUUGACCAAUUCAAUAAAUGAAAGAACUUUAGCGAAAAUGUAAUUUGACCGAAUCAUUCUGACAGAUGUCUCUCAUCAAUGUACUUCGGUCUUUUUGACCAAUUCUAGUAUUGGAUUGGAAGUGUUGCAAUAAACAUUUCAAUCCGCUAUAUUUUCUUUUCCCAGAAUAACUUGUGCGCUUUUGACUUCGAUUCGUUUAUUUUGACUGUAUAAAUUUUAAUAUUUCAAUCGAAUUAUUGCUUUUAUAGGACUAUUUUUCUUUUGACGAUAUAACUUUGGCGUUUUUGACCAUUUUCAUCGACUUUUUUAUCCUUUCAUUAAUUAUUUCUGUCAUUUUGCCGAUUUUCGUACAAAAAAUUCGGUUAUAUUAACUUAAAAUGCUUUUUUCGCUGAUCAUUUCAGCGAUUUUAAUUAAAGUUUUAUUAAGAGUUAUUCAUAUUAAAAUUGAAUGACAAAGCUGCGAAAGGUCGUGCCCUCCUGUACCAUUGAUUUCCAUCUGAACACAUCAAGAUUUUUCUCUUAAUGAAAAUUUAUUUUGAACAAAUAAAAAAAAUUAAGAAUGAAGAUUUUUAGAAACUUCAGUACUCCCUUAUGCAAUUUUUUGAAGAAUUCUUUACCUCUAACCCCUCCUAUUCCAUUCUAUAUAUUCUUACCAUCUCUUCCAUCCUAAAAUCCUCGACUUUUAUCACUUUUCUUCCUCGUCAAUGUGUUUAAAAAAAAAUAAAAAAUGAAAUUUUGAAAGAAACAAGAGAGGAAAACAAUUUAAUAAAUGAAAAAAUAACAGAAACAUAUACUUUUAUAUAAAUGUAGCUUUUUGGUGAAAAUGAAACAAAAAAAAAGAUAUCUUGUUGUUGUAGCCACCUUAACAAAAAAAUAAAUAAAUAAAUAAAUUAAAGAAAAGAUCUAAAGUGACGAAGAAGUGUUUCAGAGGCAUUUUGUAGGAAAAUGAAAAUUUAGACAAAAAUGAUGUAAUAAUGAAAGAAUAUUCUCAAUGAAAAAAAUCAUAUAGAUGUGUUGUAAAAUGUAGACAUUAAUAAGACAAAGAAACCGCCUAUUAAUUUUUAAGAAAAUGAAUUUAAUCACAUUAAGAAAGCAAAGAGACGAAUAACAUUUCUAAAAGAAAAAAAUGCGUGAAAAAAUACAAGAAUAGUUGAUGAGAAAAAAAAACUUUCAGUUGCGCUUAUUGAUUGUGGACCAAAAAAAAAAACAAAAAGUAUAUAAUCUCACAAAAUGUUAAGAAUAUGAAGAAAGAGAUAAAUUUUAGUGAAAGAAUUAGAAGAAGAAGAAAACAAUGUGGGUGUAGGGAGUAUGAAAACACAAAGAGAAGAAUAACACACACAAAAAAAAUCACCAAAACCGUUUUCUAAAUGACAUAUAAAACAAUUUUUAAUUAGAGUAAAACUUUAAUGUAAUAAAAAAAAACUCCUAAACUGAUAGAAUGUUGUAAAAAAAACAAACAAAGAAAUGAUAAAAAAAGAGAGAGAAAUAAAUCUCUAUAAUGGUGUCUUUUUUACACAAGAACUUCCUUGUUCAUUCAAUAUUGGAUGACCUAAUGAUUUUAUUUUUAUUUCACAACUAAAAUGUUCUUGAAGAAAUCUUCUAAAAGAUUUUAAGAAAGUUGGGAAAGCAAUUUCUAGUUUUUUUUCUUCUAAAUGUUACUUAACAAAUUAAAUUAAUUAGUUAAAACAAAUUCAACAUACAGCGGUUAUCCCAAAAUGGUUUUAAUGGCAAAAAAAUGAAUAAACAUAUCUCAAAGGACAUGGCCACAAAUACAUGGCGAUGUGAACCCAGACGGAUUUUGACCAAACUUGCAUCAAAGAGUCUCUAUGGGUAUAGAAAGAUCGUGGUAGAAUUUCAGACCCAGGGGUCAAACGGUUCGGCUACAAUCGUUCACUGAAAAUUGCAUUUUUCCAUUAAAAUGUACCAAAAUACAACAAUUAAAGAAAAACGAAGAGCUACCACCGAUUUUGAGCAAUUGUAUAUAUAUUCUAGCAUUCGUUUCUUCUUGUAAGUAGCCUCGAGAUCCCGAGAAAUUCCCGGGAAAAACUCGGGAAAUUCAGAACAUUUAGAAAAUCUAUAUGAAAGAUAUAAUUUAUCAUUAAAAAUGAAGAUCUUUUGCCCAAAUCGACUCCAUUUGCUUCAGUGUUGGGCGAAUUUUAUUUUCGUUAAAGAAUAUUAUGAUUUUAAUUUGGGUUUCUUGGCAAAGCCUUUAGUACUGAUUUAUUUUUCUUCAAGUUUUUUUUAGUUUAUAGUUUUUUUUGUUAGCUAACAUUUGAAGCCUAAUAAUGUAUAAGAAAAUCACUUUUCAACAUUUUUUGUGCGACGCCAUCUUCUAAUCUUCCGACUUUUUCACAGAACUACCCUUAAACACAAAGGUAGGCUUUCUUCAGGAUCUACAGGAUAGAUUUUGAUGGGGUUGGAACAGAAUUUUGAAUUUCCAAUCUGGGACUGAGAAAAUCUCUUAUCUUACACUUCAAUAAAACCAAGUCUAAGAAUAACUUAUAGAAAAAUAAAAACAUUCAAAAUGUGUCAAAACAAAAGGCUAUCUCAAGAGACCCCCCCCCCCCUAAUAACAUAACUUUUUUUUACUUUCUCGUUGUCCUUUUUCUUUUAUUAAUUUAAGUGUCUGUAGUUCGAAAUGACUAUGAAGGCUGUUGUCUAUAUAGGUGCAUUAGCGAACACGUUCGUAAUUACACAAGUGUUAGUUUUCUUCUCAUUUCUUUUCAUUUUUUAAAUUAUUUACGGGUUCCAUCUAGAAGAUGAUUUCUCCAUUCAUUUUCCUUUUAUUUUUAACAGGGGCUAAGAAAAAUGAAAGAUGUAAAACAAAAUAACAUUUUUCCAGUUUUCUCAGCCUCUGAAUAAAAAUACAAUAAUCUGUAGGGGAGACCGGGGUAAAAAUAGUCAAUUUGCAUAAAUCCUUAUCUGCAGGAUUCCCCAAGGGCAAGAAAAUUUCCUCGAUAGGUCAUUCUUAUAGGAAAUUUCCUGGCCUACAACUUUGUCUCAGACCCCUUUUCUCUAUCUCCACGGGAAAUAUGAGUUUUCGAGCUUUUCCUGAACCCUUCCGCUUCUGACUUUUUUUAAACGCGGCGGGUAAAUAUAGUCACCAGUUGGCUAAAUAAAGUCGGUCGAAUUUUCCGGCAUUUCCAAUAAUUUUCCACCUGAGAGAUUGAUAGUAGUUGAUAGCUAAACUUCUCACCUUUUGAUUCGCGACAAGGAAUUUCACUUUUAUACGCACUAAAACAGAGAAUUUUGCGAUUUUCUCAAACACGCCAUUUUGCAACAAAUGAAUAGAAAAUAUGCCAAAAAUUUCGAUCUCCCAUAUGAUUUACAUGGGAUGACUAGAUCUACCCCAAGGGGUAUGUUUUGAUUCAAAAAAUUGUAGAGAAAAAUCAUUAAAAGUUAUUGAAGAAUACACCUUGGCAAUGUUUUCUGUAGUAACCCAGCUAGUGAGAAAAAUUAUCAGAUUGGAAAAUUGCUGAAGGAAAACUUCGGAAAACGCGUUUUUCUCAAUACGCAAAAGUUUGGGAAAUGGGCCAAAAAUCUAUUUUCAUUUUUAACUCCUAAAGUACUGAUCGCAUAACCUCCAAAUUACUGUCAAAAAUUAUAGGUUGGUAGGGCUUUCCACCAGAAUUUUUUCCGAUUUUUCCGAUUAAUAACUUCGGAGAAAUUGGCAUUUGAAAAUUCGAAAAUGACUAUUUUUACCCCGGUCUCCCCUACCACCAAAAUCUAUAUUAGUGUGGUAAUCUUUAACGUCUGUUAAGAGGUUAUUUUUUGGGGAAUUCGGAGGACCAGUCAAAAUGAAAAAGCAGUGAUGAUGCUUUUUCUAUAUUAGUACUUUCAUUUGAUGGUUUUAUAUCUAACUGAAGCAAAUGGAGUCGAUUUGGGCAAAAGAUCUUCAUUUUUAAUGAUAAAUUAUAUCUUUCAUAUAGAUUUUCUAAAUGUUCUGAAUUUCCCGAGUUUUUCCCGGGAAUUUCUCGGGAUCUCGAGGCUACUUACAAGAAGAAACGAAUGCUAGAAUAUAUAUACAAUUGCUCAAAAUCGGUGGUAGCUCUUCGUUUUUCUUUAAUUGUUGUAUUUUGGUACAUUUUAAUGGAAAAAUGCAAUUUUCAGUGAACGAUUGUAGCCGAACCGUUUGACCCCUGGGUCUGAAAUUCUACCACGAUCUUUCUAUACCCAUAGAGACUCUUUGAUGCAAGUUUGGUCAAAAUCCGUCUGGGUUCACAUCGCCAUGUAUUUGUGGCCAUGUCCUUUCUCUUAUUCUACUUUUACACACCAUCUUUCUUUCACGUGAGACUUUUUAGUUGUUGCUUUAGAUUAAAUUGAAAAAAGAUUUAAUUGUUGAAUAUUCCUUUCAUUCAUACUAAACACAAAUAGGUUUCCCAUGGAUUGGAAUAGCCAAAUAAAAAUAAAGAUUGUUGUGUAGCAGUGAGAAUAGAAAAUUUUUAUUACAAACAAAUCACAUUUUAGAGAAAAAGAAAAAUUAUAGAAAAUAUAAAUUUCUUCGCGUCUACAAUCAAUUUUCUGUCACAAUUUUUCACAAUUAAAACAACCAAAACAACAAAAUAAAAAAAUCAUCUGAAUAGAAAUUUAGAAAACAAUAAAAAGAAUCAUACAAGAAAAAAAUUUAAUGUGGCAAAUUAAGUGUUAAAGAAAAAUCUAAAUAUUAACCUACAACAAAAAAAAAGAAUGAAAAGUUUUCCCUCCUCUUUGAACCAAAUUUUCUUAAUGUUUUUGUUGUUUUUUAACUAACCAACCAAAUGAAAAUUCUGUUUUUUCUCUAAUUCCCUAACAAAUAUUUUAACAGAAAGAAAAACAAAAAAAGAAAUCGAUAAAAAUCUCUUUAGAGACUUUGAAAUGGAGAGAAGGAAAAAAAAUAUUUAAAAAGAAGAAGAAAUAGUUGACUAAUUGUAAACCAACUAAACUGACUUGAAAAAGAAAAAAUAAUGAAAUAGUAAAUUCUUACCCUUUGCUACAUUAUUGUAUUUUCAAAAAGAACAAAACCACAUUUAAACAGAUAAAUUUAAAAGAAAUAUAUAUAAUUUAAUAAUAUUAAAAGAAAAACUGAUACAUAGAACUUCUUACAAUAAAUUUUAGUAAAACCAGAAAUAAACUGAAAAUGAAUAAAUGAAAAAAAAGGAUUAAACUAGAAAGACUCUAUACACUUUUUUCAACUUGUGAUGUGUGAAAUUUAGAGUUAACAACGUCUCUCCAGUUUCAUGGAGAUGCAUAAAAAAUGAGAGAAAAAAAAUGAAAAAAAAGAUUUAAAAAAAUGGAAAUAACUAUUGAAGAAAUAUUGCAUAUAUAUUAUAAAAGAAAUGUAUUUAAAUAAAAAAAAGCAUAAACAGCAUAGAAGGAUGCAUAAACAUUAUCAAACACAAUGUGGGAGAAGAAAAAAGAAAUAUUUGUAUAAGUAAAAGAUUUAAAAAAACUUGAAGGAUGCAUUGUAUAGUAAAAAAAAAACGUAUGAGUUAACAUUUUAGAGUUUCUCUGGCUGUUCGUAUACAAGAAGAUGAAGUAAAAAAAUGUAAUAAAAAUAGUAAAAAAAAAAUAUUUAAGAAAUAAUAAAUUUAAAAAUAAAAUGAAAAAAGGAUAUGCAAAGAAAUGAUAAAAGUAAAGUUGGAAUGCUAAUUGCCACACAUUUUAUUUCCUUCCGAGCUAAACAACAAAAAGAAAAAGUGAUUGAAAUUUUCCGUGUAAAAGUUCUACAAAAAAAUGAUUAUUUUGAAAAUGAAAAAAAGGAAAAGUUUUAUCAAAAUUUUCACUUCAAAAAGCAUUGAGAAAACAUUGAACGAAGAUAAAAAAUUGAUGGAUAUUUAGAUGAACUUAAACGCUUUAUGCAUUGUAAUGAUCUUUCCUCUCCUCUAACAUUUUUCCUAACAAAAAAAAUCUAUUAAAAAUAAUUGAGAUAACACUCGUAUUUUCAGAUGAAAAUAUACAUUUCUCAAUUAUUUCGUGCAGAAGAUGCAAUGAAAAGAAAGAUUUUUUUAAAGUAAAAUAUCAGUAUAACAUGUUGGAAAUUCAUUUAACUUCAAUUUAUCUUGAUUGAAUUUUAAGUUGAUAAAUUUAUUAAUUCUUUAUUGAAAAAAAAAAGUUUUUUUAUCCGUAAAAAAAGAGGUAACUCGUAAGAUUCGAACUCGAGAUUAACGUGUUGAAUCAACGUGUACUAACCUAUUGCCCCAAGCCUUAAAUUAAAAUCAAUAUCAGUGAUUUAAUACAUGUAUUGCAGCUUUGAUUCGUUUAAUUUUCUUUUUCAUUAAGAAGAACAUCAAUAAUUCAAAAAAAUAUAUUUUCUUUUCAUCUAAAAUCUUCUGCAGGGAAUGAGAAUAAAUUUAGAAAAUUAAUUAUUAAAAAAAAAAGAAAUAAAUAUAUGGAAACUAGAACACCGCAAAAAAAUACAUUUAAAAAAAGAACUAUUGUGCCGUCUUUUAAAUGUUAAUUCCUAUAACAUUGCGCCAACCAAACAACUAAGAAGAAAACAAAAGAAAAACAAGAGAAAUGUAGUAAUUGGUAAUAAAUAAGUUGAUGGAAACAAAGAAAAAAUAAAAAUGCUGAGAGACGAAUGAGGUUAUAUAGCAGGAAAUUUGUGUUAUUAGUUAAAUAAUAAAAUACAUGAGAUCAUGAAGUUAUAUAGCGAUAUUUUUUGCAUUUUAUAUUAAAUCAUAUUAAUAAAGUUUUUUUUUUCACCACAACACUAUAUAAACCAAUUAUUACAUUAAAUUGACAA